AAGACAGGUGCUGGUUGUAGAGAUUAGUAACGACAAAAAACCGAAGCAGUUGAAUGUAGAAAAAAAAUCACAUGGUCUCCAGCACUUCUCCGACGCUGACGCAGCUUUUGUCAGAUCAGAAGAAGUAGCGACAUAUUCCAAGCCGAGUAUUCCCAGUACACUUGUGACAAGAAGAACGAAGUGGUACUGUUUUGUACUACGUACUUCUAUUGUUGGAGUAUUCAGUAGUAGAAGGAGGAGAGCUCCAGAGCAGAUCCCAAUAACAGAGCAGAAGUCGACUACUACGAUAGUAGAAAAAGGACUCGAGAUGCCGGCUGCUCCUGCUAAGAGUGCGGACGUAGAAAUGGGUGACGUGAAGCUGGAAAAUGCCGGUGAAAGCGAGGUUGCGUCUUUGAUACAGAAGGUUAUGUUGAGUUUCCAUGAAGAUCUUCCUGUUUUUUUACAGUGCUCGCUGUAAAUAAGUGACAAGAAUAUUAUUUUCUGCAUCCAGCGUUUCCGACUAGAUUAUGGUGAAUGUGAAGCACCAGGGGCUUAUAUUUUAUUGAUUGGCUGGUAUUUCAGCGCUGCAACGGCUCAGCUCCUUUAUCAAAGUGCUUUUUCUGUUUUCUGCCUCUCCCGCGCUCCCUCUUUCAUGCCCCUAGUGGCGCAGCUACAGAGCAUACAGACGGCGACGUUGAGCGUCGAUCUGCGCACCUUAUCGAAGACACAGUUAGCUUUGAUUAAGCGCCGGAUUACGGGGUCCCUCUUGAGAAGAUGUAUCGAAACAUUUGUGGUUGACACCGACCCCAUAAAAGAGGGCAUGUUGACGCUAUUGAAGGCGGAGAAAGAGGUAUAUUGAUUUUCUAUUGUGGCUUAUCCAGAUUUACGUAGCUUAUCUAAUUAGAAAAAUCAAAUCGUUUGUUGAUAGUCUGAGACGCGUGAUGUUUACUGCCCACCAAACACAACAGGCAUUACCAGCGGAGGCGGAGACAGCCUUGAAGGAAGCAGCUGGGAAGGCGUUCAAUGUCCCAGAAAUCACUUACUUUUUCGCAAUUCUGGUUUUGGACUAUCUGUUUAAAAAUGGGCUCAACCCGGAGACGUUCUGUGCGCAAUUAAGUGCCCAAUUAGGCAAGAUGAACCGAAGAACCAUGGACUUUUUCGCGUCAAGAAUUUACGGUUACUAUGCGAGGGCUUUCAAGGAUAGCGAUUUGAUUAGAAACGACCUUUUAGCGAUCUACCGAACAGCGAGUUUGCGUAGAGAUGCGGCGACGCAGGUAUAAUUAUGAUGUUUUGAUUCAUGAAUCAAAUUUUUACGUGGCUAUCAUUCGAGUUUGAUGCAGAUGUUCUAUCACCUGAUCGUGAAACAGCGAUUCUUUAUUUCAGUCGGACCGGCUCUCGUCGCAAGACAAAUCGAGCAACCACUUGCACCGUGGUCCUUCCGUAGAGGAAAACACAAAAACAUGUUAAUGUCUACCAUCAACUACCAGGCAACCGUUCUGAAUUUAAUCCUGCGGAAUUAUGUGGAGCACAACCUGUUUGAGCAAGCGGCUCAAUUCGUUUCGAAGACAACAUUUCCAGAAAAUAGGACGAACGCAGAAUUCGCUAGAUACCUCUUCUACAUCGGGAGAAUGAAGAGCAUCCAAUUACAAUACUCGGAAGCGCAUUCGAAGUUGAUGCAGGUAUUAGUUAUGGACAUUAUGUUGCGUAGGUUGACAGCUGUGCAGGCAGGCGUAGUUUAAAGAGUGACACUGGAAGCACGUAGCGCGUUUCGUAGCAGUUUUUUGACUUCUCUUGUGGUGUUCUGAUACUGGAUGAAAGUAAGGAUCGGUUGUGCGGGGGAUAACAUGAACUAGCAAGGCGAUCCCGAUUAAUGAAAUUAUCAGAGCCGUUCGGUCUACUCUCUGAUCUUGUCAUUGCUGGAGAUGACAGAAGUCUUAGGAUAGUACGCAUGGCCAACAUAGACUGAAUUGAUAUCUCUUCACCCUCCAGGCUAUCCGCAAGGCGCCACAGAACGCGGAGAAGGCGUUGGCUUUUAAGGUCUUAGCUUGGAAGUUUGCCUUGACAGUGGAAUUGUUGAUGGGAGAAAUUCCAGCGAGAAAGCACUUUUUACAACCGGAAUUUAAGGAGUACCUACAGCCCUACGAAGAAGUUACGAAAGCGGUGCGUGGCGGAAGUGUUCCGCAGUUUGAACAAGUAGUUAGCCGACAUCAAGCGCUCUUCAAGGAAGAUGGAACGCUCACGUUGAUUAUGCGGUAUUGUUUCAAGUGGUUCGAUUAACAGCUGUAACUACUCCAUCCCAAGUAGUAGGAGAGUAAACUAUUAGUACACAUCGAUGCGAUGCGUUUUUUUAAUGCGAUCAAUGACAACCUCUACUAGCAUUUGUACGAAACGAUUGUUUGGUGCCCCAUACUUUUGUUUUCUUGGUAACUAUGUCCUUCCUUACAUAACUCUACGAGUACCUCUUCUACAACUUAAUAAUUGCUGUGGUUUCUUGGUUGGUAACAAAUAACCCCUUCCCAAAUCACUUGUAAGACAUACCCCUGGAUUGGGUUUACUACUACUACUGCUAUCGUUCUUCCCCAGGUUGCGCUACAACGUGAUCAAGACGGGACUGAGAAAGAUCAAUGUUAGCUACUCUCGUAUUAGCCUAGAGGAUAUCUGCAAAAAGCUCGGACUAGAAUCAGUGGAGGAUGCGACGGGAAUUUGUGGCAAGGUAUCUAUCAUUGCUUUCGACGUGUUCCUCAACCGAAGUCGAAAUUUUUUUGUUAUUCCUCACCGAAGUGUCCUACCACCACCACCAACCCCUCCCCACAACAUGAAAUAAUCCCAUAGGCCAUCGCCGACGGCGUGAUAAGUGCAUCUAUAGAUUUCGAGCAGAACGCACUAGUAUCCAAGGGUCUGCACGACGUUUAUUCCACUGCGGAGCCUCAGGCGCAGUUACACAAGAGAAUCGCCUUUUGCCUCCAACUGUACAACGACUGCGUACGAGGAAUGGAGUAUCCUAGCAAAAAAGACAACCAACAAGAAGACGUGGACCCCACAAAAGAAGCACGUGAGCUCGACGAAAUCUUAGCGGACAGCGAUACAGACGAUAUUGACAUGUUGUAAGUUAUAGUACUGCAACAUGAAGAUGUUGAUGUCCGUGUCCAUCCUCGUUGUGAACAGUUAGUAAGAAUACCUGUGCUCGCUGACGUCUGAGUUGUACUAAUGGUACUUGAGGAGUUAGUAGUACUCCUGCGUGUGCGACCUCAUGCGACCUGGAGAGCAGCCACUUGUUAUGUCGGGAGCGCGGUCGGGUGGCUAGUAUUCCCGGAUUGAACAACUUUCGGAGCAUUAGUGGGGACUUCCACAGAUUUAUCGCAGCAUUUAUAAUUUUAACAGCGCGUAUAGGGAGAUCAGCACGAUAUGACUGCUAUUUUUUGAAGAUGAGCAACGCUAUCCAGCGCUUUUGACUUUGAGGAAAACAACUCAUCCCCAUUUUCUCUUUCCCAGCAAUGAUCCCAACUACAUUGUGUUUGUGUCCCCCUACCAGAGGCCACUCCAAACCCACCAAUGCUCGUCUUUUUUGGGGAGAGCCCGUCGCUUUUUACAACCAGGGCAAGCGCAAUUGACUCAAUUUUGUUCGGCGGGCAAAUGACGGGAUUACGAAGGAGCUGGAACUAGCAGUUAGGUCCAUGACUAAGACCAACAUUCACUGUGAAGGCACAGAUCAAUACUCAUCGAUC